AUGCAACUGCAUCACUCUCUAUCACUGGCGCUGAGCAUCCUGAGAAUGGCUGUCCGUGCGACCUCCCUCCCUUACCUCAACGUGACGGCCGUGACGCACGCCGGCGGCGAGUCCGUCCUACAAUGCUGGCAGCUGCCGUCGCCGUUCGCGGUUUCGGCGUCGCCGGGGGUCGCCAACGGGUCAUAUGCGUUCCUGGGCGCCGCCGCCAACGCGACGCUGACCGUGAUCCCGGCCCGGUCCGAGGGCGGCCGCCACUACGCGCAGCCGCAGUGGGUGCACUUCGUCACCGGCCUCGCGCACAUCACCCUACCCACGGCCAGCGACGCCGCCUGGAUCCGCGGCGGCAAGUACGGCCUCCUCUGGGCCGGCGACACCCCCAACCGCAGCCGCGGCGGCCACAGCACCUACUACUGGGAGGAGAGCGUCACGCUGGCCCUGAUGACUCCGGACGGCGAGGAGCCGGCCCAUCGCGUCGUUCGCGAGGGCGCUUGUCUUCUUGAGGACCUCGUCGGCAUGGCUGGAUUGGGUGUAAGGGACUGUGUUGAGUGUGAUGAUUUGAAGGGACCGCAGGGAGGAUACGGGCAAGUCAACACACCGAUAUAA